AUGGUUAAUGCUGUGUAUGGGAAAACGAUUGAAAACUUCCGGAAGCAUAGAGAAGUUAAAUUGGUCAACAAAUGGUAUGGCAGAUAUGGUGCAAUGAAUUUGAUUUCUAGCCCUUUCUACAAGGAUAGAAUGAUCUUCGGAGAAAAUCUAGUCGCUAUUGAAUUGCAAAAGCGUUUAAUCACAAUCGAUAAACCAAUAUAUGUAGGAAUGUCUGUAUUAGACAUUUCAAAGGUUUGCUUGUACGAAUUUCAUUACGAUUAUUUCCAACCUAAUUUCAAAGAAAGUAUAUUGAAUUAUGUAGAUACUGAUAGUUUAACUUAUGAGGUAUCAAAUCAAAAUCCCUAUGAGUGCAUAAAACGAGAUUGCUACACACGCUUUGAUACAUCUGACUAUCCUAAAGGAAAUCCAUAUGGAAUUCCUCAAGUCAAUAAAAAAGUAUUGGGUUUGAUGAAGGAUGAGAAUAAUGGUAAGAUUAUGACCGAUUUCGUAGGAUUAAGAUCAAAAAUGUACUCAUUUCGUGUUGAUAAAGAGGAAAUAAAAAAAGUGAAAGGCAUAAAGCGGAAUGUGAUUAAAAGCCUUUCUUUCGAUGACUACUUGAAAUGCUUGAUUGAUUCCAACACUAAAUUAGUAAGACAAAGAAAUAUAAUAUCUAAAUGUCAUGAUGUUUUUUCUAUUGAGCAGGAGAAAAUUGCAUUGUGUAGUAGAGACGAUAAAAGAUACAUCCUACCUAAUUCACAUUGUACUCUACCUUGGGGUCAUUAUCGAAUACCAUCAUCAUCCUAGAUUCUAGAGGGUGAGAGGGGGAGAAAUAUAAUGAUGAAUUAUGCUGUGACAGCCAUUGAGAGAACUUUCUCAUACGACCCGAAUUUGUCUGAGAAAUUCAUCAAAAAGUUUCCACAACAAUAUGAAGAAUUUGAACAGUUUCCAAUAAAGGAUUGGAUGCUUGUGGGACAAUUCAUAUUGUACUUACAGGGAUUGAUUCCAACCUUUGACAUAAUCGAAGUAUGGAUACUGGGUCCUCAUCAUGAUCUAAUGAUGGAUUGGUUCCGUGGCAAAUCCAUAUUGUGGACAAAGACAAAUGAGGGCGAUGAUGAUGAUGAUGAUGAUGAUGAUGAAAAUCACGCAGAUUUUCAUUUUGAAUGGAAUUUAAUCAAAUCUGAUUCAUAUAUAUGUACGAUUAAUGAAAUUACUAUCAAAGUUCAUGUUAUGGAAUACACAGAUAUGCCAGCGAAAAAUAUGUCGCAUUGUCAUUAUUUGGACACGUUCAGUAAACUGAAUGAUUAUUUUUCAAAUCAUGUUGACAGAAGAGCAUUGCUGUUAAAAAAAUCCAUAUUGAUUAAUUCUUACUAUAGUAAAUGUCACUCUCAUUGUGUUGAAUCAAUUGAUUCUGAAAUGUAUAAAAAUGUUUUAGUUUAUAAUCCUCCUCCUCUUAAAUAUUUGUCUUUUUUGAAAUACUUAAGCGAUCCCUCUGUGUACCCCAUUUAUAGAUAUUUAUAUGAAAAGUUGGAAAGGGAACCUCCAGAUUUAUACAAAUCCUCAUUUUGUUUCGAUUCCGAAUCUUCAGAUUCGGACUCUGAAAUAUUUUAUUUAUGAAAUAUGUUAA